UCUGCUAUCUUCCUGCUGGAGAUAUCGCUGGUCGAGGUGUCGUACGACUGCUAAUGCAGCUCGCUUCGAAUUACCGCUGCUACCGCUACAAAAUCGAAUGGAACACAGGACAGGGCGCGGCAGCAGCGGCAGCAGCAACCCGUAGCAGCCAGUUUCUUAGGAACAGCUACAGCCCCAGCAGCAGAAGCCGCCGGUUGCAAAGGCACUCUCAACAACAACCCAGCCUCUCCCAUGUGAUCUUAGCCGUGGAGAGAGCGGCUUGUUUAACACUCCAUGAUCCAGUUGGUCGUGCAGUUGUUGAUUGACCGCGUUGUGUUUUGAGUUCGUUAAGCCGCUUGCCGUCGCAGUCACUGACUAAUUUGUUCGUUUAUCUGUACGCCUUUGGCUGAAUGGCUGUCUGAGUGAGUGACCGAUCAGUAUUUCUAGUAUUGUUAACUGGCCCACUGUCCGGUUCGUCUAUCUCUUUAUGCUGUCCAGUGCCCCUGUGUGUGCGUGUACUUAUGUGUAUCAGUCUCGAUUUCGUCGAGCUGCCUACUUCUAGAAUAUCUACUUCUACUGCUGCUGCUGCUACAACUAUUACUAUUGCGGAUCCUUAACCGACCAUCGCAAAAGCCGCUGUUUCACACCGCUAGAAAGUGGCUGAGGUUUUUAAGGGGCGCGUGAAAUCCCCACUGUUCUCGUGAGCCUACUCGCUGAAUACGGCGAACGACUUUGCAACUCGAGGGAACCUCCGGAAAACUAGGUUACAGAAGAAGGCAAUAUAGGGAGAAAAACGGGAACCAUUCAACUGUGAAAAGCAAGCAAUACCAAGAAUAGCAUCAGCUACAGAUACAUGCUAGCAACAGCUUAUGUGAAUUCGUAGGAAUUAUAGGGUCAACGACAGCUGCGACAGUUGUCCGACCGACGGGACGUAAGUUUUUCUGCGUACCUCUCAGUGACCGUUUGUGUACGUCCCGGUUUAAGUAAGUGGCUCGAUUGGCGCUGCAGCCGCCUCUAGCUGUCUGGCGCCGAUCAAAAAAGAACAGACGAUUGUCAAUGUUCCUGCUAUAGCCGUUGCUACGAAAACGCACGCGCCAGCUUAUCCAAUUACCGCAACAUCUCGCACUUGUUCGUACAUUUGUUGUGUUGUGUAGCUUAGUCAUAGUGGGGGGUGGCGGAUUUUAGGGACAGUUUAAAGGUAGGGAGAUAAGGAAGACCGAGCCGGGCUAGCAGCUGCAAGCGGUGCAAAGGUAUUUUUAAAGUAAAAUUCUAAUCAACUUCUUAUUAGGGUGACCGUGAGAUCGCGUUAAGGGUUCGCUGCUGCAAGAAACGAUAAACGUGUCGAGAUCGUUGAAGUUGUUGGUGUCGCGGUACAUAAAUGCUAAGAAGUAGAUAAAGACAUCCCUCAGCACAUGUGGCUCGAGCGCACAGUUGAUUCUACGAGCUAGGCGACGUGAAGUGAUUCUUACAAUUUGUUGUUUGUGAAAUUUUUCUUUCUCAUACACAUCUAUCGAAAUCCGCCUGCUGCCCGCACGUAUAAUCUGUCAGAAGUUCGCGAUCUCAGUGUGGCGUUAUCGUAAGCUCGACAGGUUCAUCCCGGUAACGCAGAUAACAACAGAACUGUGCGGGAUAAAAGAUGGAUGAAGCCGAGAAAGAGCAGAGAGCAUUGCGUCUUAAGGAGGAAGCAAAUGAACAUUUCAAAAAACAAGAGUUUGCGAGCGCAAUCGAGUUAUACAAUCAAGCGAUUGAACUGGAUCCUACUAAAGCGGUUCUAUUCGGCAAUCGGAGCUUCGCUCACCUUCGGCUAGAAAACUUCGGUUAUGCCCUCGAGGACGCGAAUAGAGCCAUUCAAAUAGAUUCGAAUUACGUUAAGGGCUAUUAUCGAAGGGCGUUAGCGUAUAUGUCAUUAGGCAAAUUUAAAUUGGCUUUAAAAGACCUCGAAGCUGUGUGCGGGGCGUGUCCGUCGGAUUUGGAUGCAAAGAAACGCUGCAACGAAUGCCGUAAGAUCGUGCAACGGUUGGCAUUCGAAAAUGCCAUCCGGGUAGAAGAGGUCAGAAGGAGUGUUGCAGACAGCUUCGAUCUCAAUACAAUGACCGUUGAUGAUGAUUAUGACGGUCCACACCUCGGAGAUGAUGGACAAGUCACAGUGGAGUUUAUGGACGCCUUAGUUGACACUCUUGAAAAGCAAAAGAAGUUGCAUCGAAAGUAUGCGUACAAAAUGCUCCUUCUGAUAAAAAAAUACUUUGAACAACAGCCGACAUUAGUUGACAUUGAAGUUCCUGCUGGCAGCAAAUUCACCAUCUGCGGCGAUAUCCAUGGUCAGUUCUAUGAUCUGCUGAAUAUUUUCAAGUUAAAUGGUCCACCCUCUGAGACCAAUCCGUACCUGUUCAACGGCGAUUUCGUCGAUCGUGGCUCAUUCUCAGUCGAGUGCAUCCUGACACUGUUUGGCUAUAAGUUGCUUUAUCCAAGUCAUUUCUAUAUGUCACGAGGGAACCACGAGAGCCAUACGAUGAAUCAAAUGUAUGGAUUUGAGGGUGAAGUACGUUCGAAAUACACGGACCAUAUGGCGCAGCUGUUCACCGAAGUGUUUUGCUGUAUCCCGCUAGCUCAUGUGAUCAACAACAAAGUGUUCGUUACCCAUGGCGGUCUCUUCCAGAGCAACGGCGUCACACUGAAAGACAUUCGCGAAACAGAUAGGUUCCGUGAACCUCCAGAAACGGGAAUUAUGUGCGAUCUGCUAUGGUCCGACCCCACACCCCUGCCGGGCCGACAACCCUCGAAACGUGGUGUAGGUAUACAAUUUGGACCGGAUGUUACUGACCGCUUCCUAUUUGAAAAUGGUCUUGAAUAUGUGAUACGUUCACACGAAGUGAAACCGGAAGGAUAUGAAGUGGCUCACAACGGCAAAUGCAUCACCGUCUUCUCGGCCCCUAAUUAUUGUGACCAGAUGGGGAAUAAAGGCGCCUUUAUCACUAUACGUGGUGAUGAUCUCACGCCAAACUACACUGUUUACGAAGCAGUGCCGCAUCCCAAUGUUCGGCCAAUGGCAUACGCCUCCAGCCUGAUGAGCUUCUAGAGUCGUACAAGCGGACCAUUCGUGAGUUCGCACAUUCAGUCAGCCUAUGUUGAAGUCAGGGUCUACGUUAUUGUGGACUUGUUGGAACGCGGAAGAUGCAAACACGUUUCUUCCAUAGAAGCGUUAAAAUUAGGAGAAGAUAGAUCAAGACGAUUAGAGGAACCCAGUCGUCCGUUGCUGAAUUUCGCCCAUUGAAAUAGGACCAGCCGCAGUGCAAGUCUAAAAUGGAAAUCCAUUAUAAUAAUCUAGAGGUAAAGCAUUCGGCUGUUUCGACUAGAAACGGAAGUUUUGACAGUGAGCGAUUUCCACCCAGCGGUUUUUUGGUUGACAAGAAGAUUGCUAAACGAUGAAUCUACGAUCUAUAUCCAAGGAAAACCGCUUAGGACUACACGAUCGUCUUGAAAGAACUGAUAUAUAGAGAAAAAGAGUAACAAAGAAAGGAGAAAGAUAAUAGUAUUAAUGAUAAUCGUUGUAGGAUUAAAACCACCUUGAUGGUAAACGUUAAUAGUAAUGCUGGGCGGUUUUACACAAAAAUAGAACUAAACUUAAAUAAAAAAAAAAUACAUUAUUAAUAAAUAACAAUAGAAAAAACAUAACAGAUGUAGCUGAACAGAGAACACAGGUCCGAAGAAUCGGGUAUUUAUAGGUAUAAUAUAUCUAUCGUUUUUGACAAACACAAAGAACUGAUGGGCUUUAUGUGAAUGUAACUGAAGCUAAUGUAAAUGAGAGAACGUUUAUAUGGGGAGGAGGGGGAGUUACAGGGGUGCGACGAAGAAGUACAAUAUAAGAGAACCAGAAGGGAGACACUAUAAAAAAAAGCAAGAAAUUGGAAGACAAAGAGGCGAAAAGGGCUUAACUGUUAUAUUGUCAUGCCUGUUGUUGUCCUAUUUUACGAUGUGGGCGUUAUGAGAAUGUGGAAAGGAUAUACGGAAGAACCCCAACAUGCGAUUAGAACAAAAACCAGAGCGAAUUGAUCGUGCAUAUAGUAGUGUGCACAAUAAAGUGGCACGGAACGUUGGGCCGAGCACCGUAUUGAUCGGUUCGUUUUAAUUUACCUACAUGGCCUACUGCCUUGAUCGCUAACUAUGUGUGAGUUGAAAAGGGGGGCGACUAAGUUAAGGCAAUAAUCGGGUAUUGCCGCUCAGUUACAUUGACCUGUGUUUAAAAUAUUUUGUUCGAAUUUGAUAUUUGUAUGCGUUGUUUCUUGUCUUUAUCUUUAUCAUUUACAAUAAUUGUUUAGAGCAUUUUUUCAUACUGUUGUUGCUAGCUUUUUAUCGUUUUGUCGGCACAGAUGGCGUGUCAUAUUGCAAAACGUUGGAACGAGGUUUGUGCAGCUCUAAACAUUACCAAUCAGACCCUACCGGCGACUCAGCUAUAAAGCGUCUUGCACAAUUUUCGAUUCUAUAUGAAUAAUUAACAGAGAAUGCCGUCGAACAAAGUUGUUUUCAGCACUCGACAAAUGAGGCAAUACCGUUAAAUAAACGAAUUACGCAUGCAUAAGCUUCUGGCAUACCCUAUAUAUAUAUAUCUAUAUAUACAAAAAUCAAUUACUUUAAAGAAAGCGAUAGUAAUCUAUAGGUAAAAAUCCACACCUCAGACAAGGAUGACGAUAAAAUUAACUAAUGUAAAUUUUGAUGGCCAUACAAACACAUGGAGAAAUGAAAAGAAUCGCGCAUUUACAUAUGGUCGCUGUAAUUUGUCCCCGUUGUUUUAGGGUUACCCUUUUUUUUAGGUUCCUGGCUGCUAUGUUCAGAAAGCUGCUAGACCGGUUUCUGAUAGGUUUUAUUUUUCACAUUAUCCGAGGUUCUAUAUUGGGACGCUUCAGGACCGCUGUACUGUAUACACAAGACCGCACAAGCCAUAUAACGGUGCUCGAAAAAGGAGUCAUUCAUCUUGCUGAUGAUUUGCCUGUGCAAGCCAUUGCAAUAGCUAUGAUCCAUGCCUUUCUUCAAAGGCAACGACUGUUUUAAUACUAAAAAGACGACAGCUCUUGAUAUCCGGUAUAAUCCAUUGAAACAUCAGGAGUUCGAAGAAAUAUACAGGUCCUGAAAGUAAAAGUUGAAAUUAUAAUGGUUGAAAAUAGAUUCAAAAAUAAUACCUUGGAUCUAUACACGCAGAGAACGUAAAUAAAACAAAUGCAACUGCCACAAAUAUUUUAUUGAAGGAUAUUGUAAAUUACGGAUAUCUGAAUUGUUCAAGCUGUUUCUAAGUAAUAAUAUUUCUUUCUUUGGAAGUGCAUUACUUUCUCUCAAAGAGACAACUAGAUUUUGACAUGCCAUAGAGUUUCAGUUAUAUCCGGACGUCUCUUUUAAGUAACGGAUAAUAUACGACACUACGGGAUUGUUUAACGAAACAUGGCUACUAAUAGUCAGGCCUGAUCAUGAAAUGAUGCUCAAGACGAGUACAUCUGUGGUAAAAGCAAACCGGAUUUUGUACAAAAUCGACUUUUAUAUGUACAUAUCAGUAUAUUCAUAUCAGCAGAACAGUGUAGUGUGAUCUUGUCGUCAAAAGUUGGAGCUGUAAUGCAUCUCGAUGCAACAAAUCAUCACCACAAGGUGUGUUUUUUUUAAAUAUUGCUCAUAUGUGGUGUGACGAUUUUUUUACAAUUUAAGCCCUAAUUACAUCAAUUAAAAUAGGCGAGAGUCCAAUGACCCAUUUUUUGCAGCAAUCAGGUAUGAAAGGUUCAAUCGUGAUCCAAAAACGACGAUGCGCAGUUUGGGGUCGAUACUACAAAAAACUGCCAGGGCUUAGAGGCCGGCCUGCUCCAAAAAAUACUUCUCCUCAACGUAUAGUAAUUAUAUAAGGGUAACAGCUGUCGUUUCUUCGUUGAUUAAUUUUAUACGAGAAUAUACAAACAAUAUUUAUU